AAGAAAAACGGUUGGCGGUUGGUUCUUUAUUCUAGCUUGCUUGCGUCAGUGGUUGCUUCUUUUAGUGGUAUUGCUGUAUUCAUCACGAUGGUCGAGGACGAAGAAGUCGGCCCUUGCUUCCUAUGGACAGCGUAUGAUCCGUGUGUUCAAGAUGCAGUCUUUGAAUACGUUAAAGCAGAAGCAGGACCUAAUAGUCAAGUGCAUUUCUUGAGAACAGAGUCGCUUUCCGACGAGCUAAGCACCUGUACCCUUUUUGGAUUUAUCGUCAAUGCUCUUCGUAAGCGCAAGGCAUUUCCUAAUUGGCGUACGACCGUUCUGAGCAUACCGGAACACUACCAGGCUCUUCACUUGUGCACAGCGCGUGCAAAGCAGAGGUCAGGCAAGUUUGAUGCCCUCGGAAGCGAAGUGAUGUACGCAGACAUCCUCUACAAAAGGCACCUUUCAAACCAACACAAUCCCGUUGAAUCAGAAUAUGUGCAAGAGUAUCUCGACUUUCUCUCGCACAGUAACACGUCGAACAACUGGCAAGUCUUGAAAGCGUUCAGAGACGCCCUCGAAGAGGACAGUACCCUUGCAGUGCAAGUUGCAAAGUCAGUUUACUUGGUGCACGGACCCAUCACGACGGCCUUCACCAAAGAAUGUAUCGAGCUGCUCUUUCAGGGCAGGAAGGCGAGACGUAUUUUCACCGAAGCGCCGCUCGAUAUCAGUGUCAACGAAAACUACGACGUCAAAGAUGUUAGCGUCAGGGCGGAAGUUUCCGAUGUGCCUGAGCCGGACGCUUCGACGGUCGAGAAGUUGGACUCGAACACCGCCGAAUACACCAUCCGCAUCGUGAAUGCCUUCCUUCGCAUCCUUGUGAACAGCCGCGACGAACUGGCGCUUGCUACAGCCAUGGCCUCUCCCGUCAUUCAGCUGCCACACGACGCAUUCACGGAGCUUAAACGUCUCUCACUUGAGAAGAAGUCGCCAAUGUGUCAGACAGCAGUAUCUUAUGUGAUGCGAGCAAGGCUGGGCGGUGACAGCUACGCGGCUCCAGAAGACUGCCCGCUUAAACCCUACAUUUGCAAGUUGGCGGCAUUCGUUGACGUCUUGCACAAGCUACAAACCGCGGUCGAAGAAGAUCCGACAGAGGUUGCCAUCGCCAACAUCUUGAACACUCUCUCGCGUCGUAUAAGAACAGCAAGUGGACACGGACUCGUCUGGGAGACGGUGUUCCGUUGCAGGGCUGAGCUGGUGCAGCUAGCACUCAUGUUCCAGAAAGAAGGCGCAGAAAAUAUGGAUGGCGCUAACGAUGGAACGCUGGGCAUUGACACACUGUGCGUCCUGCGACGCCUUUCCGACUUCAUGUCAACACGCCGCCUCACCUGCAGUCCAGUGUCUGUGAUCUACAACCUCGAUACGAACAGUACACCGCUAAAUAUACCACACCUGAUAGAAUAUUUCAAGACACCAGAGUCUGAAAGCGAGGAUGACGGGUAUGAUGUACCCCUUACCAAGCGCCUCUUCGAGAAGUUUGAACGUGAAGGAACACCACAAUUAACAGCUGCCCUUCGUGCUAUGUCAGACUGCAAGAAGAAGAAGAAGAGCAGUAUUCGCAAAGUGCUAGACAAAGCCACUUCAGGCCUACCAGCUCAAAAAGUAGAACCAAAUAUGCCACAAAUGAAAGCCAGGAGGAAGGAGUUCGCAUCACAAGCGAAGCCAAGGAAAGCAGCUAAGCGCAACAUACUCAGUGACAUAAACAGUGUGGCCAAAAAACCAAGGGCCUCAAGCAAGGUUGUCUGCAAGGAUCAAGCAAGGAUAACAUCAUUUUUCUGUAAGACAUAGUUCAGCAGUGAAGCAUUGUUUCAUAAAUUGUGCACAUUUUAUUGAGAUAAAAGGACAAUUGCAAGGCCAUGCAUUUACCAAUGCCUCACUAAUGCAUAUUUACAUUACCACUUCUAUUGCAUGACAAAAGUCAUGUGGUUACAAAUAAAGGGUUAUUGCAUGUCCUCUUGUA